AUGAAAUACAACCCAACAGUGAGCUCCUCGCGGAGGAAGUGCAGGAAGAGGCAUUUCACAGCCCCAUCCCAUGUGCGGCGAGUUUUGAUGAGUGCCCCGCUAUCGGCUGAGCUGACGAACAAAUAUGGGGUUCGUGCGGUGCCCAUCCGAAAGGACGAUGAGGUGCGAGUGGAGAGGGGAACAUUCAAGGGCCGAGAAGGCAAGGUAGUUCAGGUGUACCGAAAGAAAUGGGUUGUCCAUGUGGAACGGUUAACAAGGGAGAAGGUCAAUGGUGCCACAGUGAACGUUGGGAUCCGACCCUGCAAAGUGACGAUCACGAAAUUGAAGCUUGAUAAGGACCGCAAGGCCCUGCUUGAACGAAAGGGUGCAAAGGACAAGGGCAAAGGAAAAUUUACAGAUCAGGACAUCCAGGCCAUGCAGGAUGUUGAUUGA